AUGUCGCACCCACCACAAACCCCCGUCAAAGUACCCGGCUCGGCGGCGAACUACACGCCCGCGACGCAGGACCCUGAUCUGCGAUCUCAGAUAAACAUGCUGCUCAUUAGAGAAGGGCACAUGGCGAAGUACGUUACCCCUUAUCUCUCCUCCUUUACCUAUCCACCUCAUCCCAUCCUGUGCCAACUACAACAAAGAAACCCACCAACUAACAACCCCUCUCUGCGCAGGAUCCAAGACCACUUCCUGCACUCCCUAAACGCGCACCCAGCAAACUGGCCCUCAGCAGUCCAAGCCCACGCCCUAACCCUCCUACGUUCCGGCGACGUAACCACAUUCCCAGCGCUAGUACGGCGCGUAAUCGAAGACAUACGCCAUGACACCGCAGCCGCCGACUCCAGCACAACCAACGGAACAAACGGUAGCGAAGCAAACGGCGCGAGCACAAACGGGAACGCAAACGGAGCUAGCAAGACCGGCGUAAACGGAACAAGUAAUACAGACAACAACCUCGCAAUCCCGCAGGCCGUGGUAGAGUCCGUAAUUAAGGUAACACGCGAGUGUCUCGAGGCUGUAUGCGAGAUCGAUGAUGGUGCGACGGCUGACGUGAAGGAGGAUGAGAUGUUCGACGACGGUGAUGUAUCGCCGAACGGAACGAAGAUACCAGCAAGUCAACAACAGGCAGGCAACGAUUGUAUACAUAAACGGGUACACGCGAUGGGACAUUCAAGCACGGACAAAUACCCCCCCAAAACCUAUUCCCAUUUCGUUUAA